GUCCAGCAACCUGCAAUAGUCAAUUACAGAACCAUGGAAAUUGUCACUGCGAAAUCUGAAUUCAGCCCCGGAAGAACUCGUUUGUGCACGGCGGAAGACAAUGCUAUUGACACUAAUUGCAUCAAAAGACGUCGAAGAGAUCACUCUAAUAGUGCAUUAGGCUUGAGUAAUCAACAACAACGGCAUCAACAGCUACAAGGUGAUCAACCUACAGCAACUACUGUGAAGAGAAGUUCAAGAUUCAGGGGUGUCAGCAGACAUCGUUGGACCGGAAGGUUCGAAGCUCAUUUAUGGGAUAAAGGUUCAUGGAAUCCGACACAAAGGAAGAAGGGAAAACAAGUCUAUCUUGGAGCUUAUGAUGAAGAAGAAUCUGCAGCAAGAGCCUAUGAUUUGGCUGCCAUUAAAUACUGGGGAACAUCAACUUUCACAAAUUUUCCUGUAUCUGAUUAUGGCACGGAGAUUGAGAUAAUGAGAAGCGUAACAAAGGAGGAAUAUUUGGCCUCUUUAAGAAGGAGAAGCAGUGGAUUCUCAAGGGGUGUUUCCAGGUAUAGAGGAGUAGCAAGGCAUCAUCAUAAUGGGAGAUGGGAGGCAAGGAUAGGGAGGGUUUUUGGAAAUAAAUAUCUUUAUCUCGGCACAUACAGUACACAAGAGGAGGCUGCUCAUGCUUAUGAUAUUGCAGCAAUCGAAUACAGAGGGAUCAAUGCUGUAACCAACUUUGAUUUAAGCACAUACAUCAGAUGGCUAAAACCAGGAGCCAACGAUGCCCUUAUUUCGGAACAAAUUAAAACAGCCUCGACAACUCGGCUGAUGAUGACAUCGAACAUUUUCCCAACUGAGCAAACAAAUGGCUUAACUCUCUUUAACUCCAAUCCUCUAACAGAAAAAGCCAUAGAUAUCCGAAAGAAGGGCGUUGUUAGUCCUUGUCCCAAGACAUCACCAGCAUUGAGUCUCCUGCUUAGGUCUUCGAUGUUUAACAAACUAGUAGAGCAGAACUUGAACGCAAACUACGACCAAACUGAAGAGAAGGACGUGAAGGAGGCGAUUGAUAAGAAUGGAAGGGGAGAAAUGUUGUGCAAUGAAGUUGAUGGCGGUGUACUCCCUUUUAUGUGCUCCAACAACAGAGGUUUAGAAUCAAAGGAAAGUAAAGUUCCAUUGUACAAUAAAACAGGGCAGUCCAUGUGGAAUGGUGCCUUAAACCUUUUAACUAACGCAUAG